GAACGCCCACUUGGAGGGCAAAAGACACAAUUUCAACUGCCGGUCCGCUGCCCGCCAGCUACUUUUCUUUGCUAGCUUUGGCUUAACUUUUACCAAAAUGCCAGAUAGUUGUUGUGCAAUUGGCUGCACAAAUCGACGAGGAGACAAGCCUGGGUUGUGCUUUUACAGAAUCCCGUCUGAGAAAGAAAACCCAGAGAGGAGGAGGUUGUGGAUAUGUGCCUUGAGACGUGCCUCCGUCCCUGGGGAAAACAAACAAUGGCAACCAUCCAAGUACACACGUCUUUGUAGCGAACAUUUCAUCAAAGGUGCCAAAUGUGACAACCCGUUGUCCCCUGACUGGGUUCCAUCCAUCUUCUCACACAUUCCAGCCACCAAGAAGAGGAAAAGGGAGAAAGACAUGGAAAGGUAUGAGCAGCACAGCAGAAUGAAGAACAAGAGGGUGGAGGAGAAAAAGAAGAAAGAUGCAGUGGAUGUCCUCCUUGACCUGUCAUCAGUACCAGAUGCUGGACCUGCGCCACCUGCUGUGGAUGAACAACAGUGUGACAACAAGCCAUGCAAGGAAAACAUUGCAAGAUUACAAAGGGAGUGUAAUGACCUCAGGGAGGAAAACCGUAAACUGAAAGAAAUUAUUAAAUCAGGAACAUUUGAUGAACUGGCUUUUGAAAAAGAUGAUGAUAAAGUGAAGGCAAUGACUGGAAUCCCCUCAUAUUCAAAGUUACAAGUAGUUUUAACAUUUGUGUUUUCAUUUCUGCAGACUGGUACAAACCUCUCUCCCUUCCAACAAAUUCUGUUAACUCUUAUGAGGCUGAAAAUGAACCUUCCCCUGUCAUUGCUUGGUUGUAUGUUUAAGAUCUCAAUUCCCACUGCCAGCAGAACAUUUAGAAGCACCAUUGAAGUGCUGAAUGCAAGACUUGCUCCACUUUUGUUUUGGCCAAAUCGAGAGGAGCUUCAGUUGUCAAUGCCUAUGAUAUUUAGACAGGUUUUUUCGUAAAUGUGCUUGUAUUAUUGACUGCUUUGAAAUUUUUAUUGAAAGGCCUAGAAACCUAAGAGCACGAGCACAGACAUACUCAAAAUACAAACAUCACCAUACCAUGAAAUAUCUAAUUGGCAUUACACCACAAGGAACAGUUUAUUUUAUAUCAAAAGGAUGGGGUGGGAGAACAUCAGACAAACACUUGACUGAAAGAAGUGGAUUUUUGGAUCACCUCAACCCAGGUGAUGUCAUACUAGCUGAUAGAGGGUUUGAUGUGGCAGACUCAGUUGGUCUGUACAAUGCUGAGCUUAAGAUCCCAGCUUUCACUAGAGGCAAAAAGCAGUUGGGUCCAGUGGAAUUAGAGUCCACACGAGGACUUGCAUCAGUUAGGAUACAUGUGGAAAGAGUUAUCGGUGAGGCAAGGAAUCGGUACACCAUACUUCAAAGUACAAUUGGGAUUCAAAUGUGUGAAGCUGAGCAUCCUGAAGGUCUUACACCUCUAGAUAAAAUAGUCUGUGUGUGCUGUGCCCUGACAAAUUUGUCUCCUUCAAUUAUUCCUUUGGGUUGAACAUGAGAAGAAACUUUAAUAACAGUGAAGUCACUGUUAUUUCCAUCAAUGAAAUAAGGACAGUGACAAAAAUGAAUUCAUACUUUUAAUAUUUUAGUGUUUUAUUACCUUUUUACAAUUUUUUUCUAUGAAUUAUUGGUCCUAUUGUAAUAAAUAAUUUGUUUUUGUAAAGUGAUUGAAAAAUCCUUGAAAUGUAACAUUACAAAAGAGUGGCAACCCUGUAAAUAACUAUAUACAAAACGGUACUGUGUGUGUAUGUAUAUAUGUAACUUACUAUAUACAUCUAUAUACAAAACUACUGUGUGUAUGUAUAUAUGUAACUAUAUACAUCUAUAUACAAAACUUUACUGUGUGUAUGUAAAUAUGUAACUAUAUACAUCUAUAUACAAAACUACUGUGUGUAUGUAUAUAUGUAACUAUAUACAUCUAUAUACAAAACUGUACUGUGUGUAUGUAUAUAUGUAAUUAUAUACAUCUAUAUACAAAACUGUACUAUAUAUCUAUCUGUCUAUAUACAUCUAUCUAAAUAUUUUCUAUACACACCUGUGUUGAAUAAAACACUUACACUUUG